CAUCAUCAUUUCUCAACAUGACAGCUUUCACUCUUCGAAUAUGACCCUUGUAGUAUGUAUAAGUGUCACCAACCCCUCCAAACUCUCCCUCUUUUUCACAUAAUCGCCAUGGGCAACUGUCUCCCCACCACCACCUCCUCCUCAAACAAAGCCGCCGCCGCUGCUCUACCAAUCGACACCCUCUUCAAAUUCCCUUCUCCACCGCCCGCUCUUCCACCCGGUGGCGGUUUUUCCACCGGCGAGAUCGAUCUGGGCGGCCUGCAACUCCGGCAAGUCACAUCGUUCCACAAAAUCUGGAGCGAUUUAGGCGCGACCUUUCUGGAACCUUCCAACAUACCCGAUGGCUUCUCCAUGCUUGGCUGCUACGCUCAGCCCAACAACCAACCACUUUUCGGUUGGGUUUUGGUGGCCAAAACAGACGCAACCGACCAAACAGGCCAAAUUCUGAAUCAACCCACUGAUUACACUCUCAUUAAUUCUGAAGCACCCUACUUCUGGCUCCCGACUCCGCCCGACGGCUUCAGAGCCGUUGGGCUCGUCGUCACAGCCUCGCCGGAGAAGCCGCCGCUGGACAAAAUCGGCUGCUUCCGGUCCGACUUCACCGACGAGGCAGAGAGUGAAAGCCUGAUUUGGGGAAACGCCAACGGGGAUUUUAACGUGUAUGGAUUAAGGCCGAAGACAAGAGGGAGCAAAGCUAAAUCAGUAAGCGUAGGCACGUUUACAGUCCAAGGCAAUGCAGUUGGAUUAUCUUGUUUACUCAACAAUACCUCAAUUCUAUCCGCCAUGCCUAAUCUAGCACAGAUUGAAGCUGUGUUUCGAUCGUAUGCACCGUUCAUAUACUUCCACCCUGAUGAAAUCUACCUUCCUUCUUCGGUUAAUUGGUAUUUCAGCAAUGGUGCCCUGCUUUACAAGAGAGGGGAGGAAUUGAAUCCGGUUCAGAUCGAACCGGAUGGUUCGAACCUUCCACAGGGAGGUUCGAACGACGGGUCGUACUGGCUCGACCUUCCAGUAGAGCCAUUACGAGCCAGUGAAGUAAAGAAAGGGGAUUUGGAGAGCGCGGAGGCUUAUCUCCACGUGAAACCGGUUCUGGGCGGGUCGGGUACGGAUAUCCAGGUGUGGAUAUUCUACCCGUUUAACGGCCCGGCGACGGCGAAGGUUGGGGUAAUUGAUAGAAUACCAUUGGGAAAAAUCGGCGCACACGUGGGGGAUUGGGAGCAUGUGACGCUAAGAAUCAGCAACUUCGAUGGGAUUUUACGCAGGGUUUACUUCGCGGAGCACAGCGGCGGGCGGUGGGUGGAUGCUUCUCAGCUCGAAUUCAGCGGCGGAGGGAACAGAUUUGUGGGGUACUCGUCGCUGAAUGGGCACGCGACGUAUGCGGCGGCGGGGGUUGUGAUGCAGGGAGGGGGGAGUGCGGGGAUAAGGAACGACACGGCGAGGAGCGCGAUGGUGAUGGACACGGCGGCGAGGGUCGCGGUGGUGGCGGCGGCCGGGGAAGGGGUGGUGGUAGAGGAGCCGCCGUGGCUGAACUACUACAGGAAGUGGGGGCCGACAAGGAAUCACGAUCGCGUGGAGGAAGUGAAGAGGCUGGAGAGAUUGGUGCCGGCGAGUUUGAAGGGGCAGUUGGAUAAGGUGGUGAAGGCGCUGCCGGCGGAAUUAUUCGGGGAGGAUGGGCCCACUGGGCCCAAGAUGAAAAAUUAUUGGGAUGGGGAUGAAAGGUGACCGACGAAUUGGGCCCCCGUUUCUCCUUUAAUUUGUUUCUUUAUUUCUUUCUCAAUAUAUUCGACAGAGUUGUAGUAUUAUUUUGGAAUCCAGUUGUCGAAAUUCGAUUGUGAAAAAAGUGACAUAAAGAGUUUGUGCAUUUCGAAGAGAAUUGUUAGUCGUGGUAGUAUUUGAUUGUCC